AAGUUAUCUCUCUAACGAGUAACUCCUGUGGGUUAGGAAACUUUGGAUGAAUUGUCACUCUCUUUAACCCAAGCUCUCUCACAGCUCAUAAAUAUCCCAAAUAGGCCCCUCUUGCCCAUCAGUCCUCAGUCAUUGCACUCUACAGUGGGCCUUUUCUCUGCUUUAAUUCACUGGUCAGGUCCACACUCUCUUGCAGAGAAAGAGGACAAUGGAUGCCUUAUCUUCCUCUUUCCUCUCACCAUUGUCCCACCUGAAACCUCUUCUCUCUCCUAUCACCACCACCAAAACCUCUUUCACUGUUUCCUCCGUCAGAAUUGAAGAAAACCCACAAUCUACCCCCACCACCACAAAAACUUCUCAACCGACAAAGAACUACAAACCAUCAAUAUACACUUCAAAAAGAGCAGUACCACCAGCUCCACCGCCGGCAAGGAGGCCAGUAGAGCAGUCUCUACCGGCGAUCAUCUUCAACACAUUCGACGACAUCAUAAACAACUUCAUUGACCCACCUGUCCGACCAUCGGUAGACCCAAGACAUGUACUCUCCGACAACUUUGCCCCUGUCGAAGAGCUCCCUCCGACGGAGUGUGAGGUGAUAUAUGGCUCCCUCCCACAGUGCCUCGACGGCGCGUACAUCAGAAACGGCCCAAACCCACAGUUCCUCCCUCGUGGACCCUAUCAUCUCUUCGACGGCGAUGGAAUGCUUCACUCUAUCAAGAUUUCUCAAGGUCGAGCCAUUCUCUGUAGUCGCUACGUCAGGACCUACAAGUACGUCGUGGAGAGAGACGUGGGCUCUCCGGUGAUCCCUAAUGUCUUCUCCGGCUUCAAUGGCCUCACCGCCUCGGCGGCGCGUGGUGCAGUGACCGCCGCCAGAGUAUUUGCCGGACAAUUCAACCCCGGCAACGGCAUUGGCCUUGCAAACACCAGCUUGGCUCUCUUUGGUGACAGUCUCUAUGCGCUCGGCGAAUCCGACCUCCCUUACGCCGUAAAAGUGGCCGAAGACGGUGAUAUCGUAACCCUAGGUCGCCAUGAUUUCGAUGGCAAGCUUUUCAUGAGCAUGACAGCACACCCCAAGAUCGAUUCCGACACCGGAGAGGCAUUUGCUUUCCGGUACGGACCUAUGCCACCGUUCUUAACCUUUUUCCGAUUCAAUUCCGACGGGACAAAACAAGCCGACGUCCCAAUCUUCUCCAUGACACGACCUUCCUUUCUUCAUGACUUCGCCAUUUCCAAAAAAUAUGCCAUCUUUUCCGACAUACAAAUAGGGAUGAACCCAGUUGACAUGAUCGUCGGAGGUGGGUCUCCGGUGGGUACAGAUCCAGCAAAAGUGCCUAGACUCGGAGUAAUCCCAAGAUAUGCUAAGGAUGAAUCAGAGAUGAGGUGGUUUGACGUGCCGGGGUUCAAUUUAAUACAUGCCACUAACGCAUGGGACGAGGAUGGUGGCGAUGCAGUGGUGAUGGUGGCUCCGAACAUAUUAUCGGUGGAGCACACGUUGGAGAGGAUGGAUUUGAUACAUGCAUCGAUGGAGAAGGUGAAGAUUGAUCUCAAAACCGGGAUUGUGACUAGACACCCAGUCUCCACCAGGAAUCUAGACUUUGCAGUGAUCAAUCCGGCUUAUGUGGGGAAGAAGAACAAGUAUGUGUAUGCGGCGGUUGGGGAUCCAAUGCCGAAGAUAUCAGGGGUGGUGAAGCUCGACGUAUCAGUAUCAGAAGAUGACCGCCGUGACUGCAUAGUAGCUAGUCGGAUGUUCGGACCUGGCUGCUACGGCGGCGAGCCCUUCUUUGUGGCAAAAUCGCCGGCGAAUUCACAGGCUGAUGAGGACGACGGGUACGUAGUAACCUACGUGCAUGAUGAAAACACAGGAGAGUCGAAUUUCUUGGUCAUGGACGCCAAGUCACCGGAUCUUGAAAUUGUCGCCGCCGUGAGGCUGCCCCGCCGUGUGCCGUACGGUUUCCACGGCUUAUUCGUGAGGGAAAGCGACCUGAACAAGCUGUGAAAAAUGGAUAAGUUGCUGAGAAAUUUCCAUCACACAAGUACAAAGACUGUGUGAUGUAGACAUCAAUUAGGGUUUCCAUAAGAAGAAAGGAAUUCACGUCAGUUAAUUUCCUUCGCCAGAAAUGUAAUUAUUUACCGCCCCAAUUGGUUUGAUAAACGUACCGUUGUCGAUAGAUCGUAUCGUGUCUAAAUUAUGGGUGUUUUGGAAAAUUCACUUAACCACUGUUGAAACAUUUGUAAUGGUAUAUAUCUAAUUUGGCAUUAGGGUAGAAUUGGUUGCUAAUCUUUAUAGUAAACUAGUUUAUAAUUUAAAUAUCAAAAGAUAAACAAAAUAAUUUUUGCUAUUCAUGGUUGAAAUCGUUUUAAAUUUUAUUUUAA